GUUAGGCCCUUUGUGUGUAUGUGUACCUGGGGUGGAACCCAGCACCUUACACAGGUGGAACCCUCUCAAGGCAUUGCUGGAGAUGACACGGCUCUGAACGGCAUCAGACUGCACUGCACUCGCGGCAAUGCAGGGCACAACACGCAUGCUGUGGAGUCCAAAUCUGGAAGCUGGGGAGUGUGGAGUGAGCCCCUGUGGUGUUUGGGCAACAGCUUCCUAGUGGCUUUUUCCCUUCGAGUGGAGCCAUCGAAGUUCCCUGGGGACAACACAGCAGUGAACAACGUGCGUUUCCGUUGCUCAGACGGCACAGAGCUGGAGGGGCCUGGGAUGGGAUGGGGAGAUUUUGGUGACUGGAGCAACACAUGUCCUAAAGGUGCCUGUGGCUUGCAGACCAAAAUUGAGCCUUCUAGAGGUCUCCUCGACGACACUGCACUUAAUGAUGUACGAAUAUUCUGCUGUCUCAGUUGAAGUGGUUGCCACCCUCUCCCCAACUUGCUGCUCGCUAUUAAAGCCUGUCUUUGCUUUGA